CUGAGGAUGGUGCUCUCUUGGGAAAAAUUGAAAAAGUGCGGGUUCUUCGAAAUGAUCGCCGAGAAGGCUUGAUGCGUUCCCGUGUCAGAGGGGCAGAUGCAGCACAAGCAAAAGUGCUGACCUUCCUGGAUAGCCACUGUGAAUGCAAUGAGCACUGGCUGGAACCGCUUCUGGAAAGAGUAGCUGAGGACAAGACCAGAGUUGUGUCUCCUAUUAUUGAUGUAAUUAAUAUGGACAACUUCCAGUAUGUGGGGGCGUCAGCUGAUUUAAAAGGCGGCUUUGAUUGGAACCUGGUGUUCAAGUGGGAUUACAUGACACCAGAGCAAAGAAGAGCCCGGCAAGGAAAUCCAGUUGCUCCCAUAAAGACACCCAUGAUAGCUGGUGGGUUAUUUGUGAUGGACAAAUCCUAUUUUGAAGAACUAGGGAAGUAUGACAUGAUGAUGGAUGUUUGGGGUGGAGAGAACCUAGAGAUCUCAUUCAGAGUUUGGCAGUGUGGUGGGAGCCUGGAAAUCAUCCCUUGCAGCAGAGUGGGUCAUGUAUUCCGCAAGCAGCAUCCUUACACUUUUCCCGGUGGGAGUGGUACUGUGUUUGCAAGAAAUACACGCAGGGCAGCAGAAGUCUGGAUGGAUGAGUAUAAAAACUUCUAUUAUGCAGCAGUGCCUUCAGCCAGGAAUGUACCUUAUGGCAAUAUUCAAAGCCGAAUGGAACUCAGAAAACGACUUAGCUGCAAACCCUUCAAGUGGUAUCUUGAAAAUGUUUAUCCUGAGUUACGGGUACCUGAUCAUCAAGAUAUAGCUUUUGGGGCUUUGCAGCAGGGUACCAAUUGCCUUGACACUUUGGGCCAUUUUGCAGAUGGUGUUGUUGGAGUUUAUGAGUGCCAUAAUGCUGGGGGAAACCAGGAAUGGGCCUUAACAAAGGACAAGUCGGUGAAACAUAUGGAUUUGUGCCUUACCGUUGUGGACAGAGCACCUGGUUCACUAAUAAAACUUCAGGGCUGUAGGGAAAACGACAGCAGACAGAAAUGGGAACAAAUCGAAAGCAAUUCUAAACUGCGGCACGUUGGCAGCAACCUCUGUCUAGACAGCCGAAAUGCCAAAAAUGGUGGUCUCACCGUUGAGAUCUGCAGUCCUUCUUUGUCGCAACAGUGGAAAUUCACACUUAACCUGCAGCAGUAG